AACUUCCAAAAAACGUUACUAAUUUCUUCUCAUCAUUGUUUCCAGAAAAAAAGGGGGGAAAAAAAUCCAAAUCCCUAAUCCCUUCUAUAAGACAUGGAUUCAUUAGAGGGCGAUUGUUGCUGGGAUUUUCUUGAUUAUAACUUUAUCGAGGAAACCACGACGUCUUCUGAUUUAUUGUGGCCUAAUAAUCACAGUGUUGGUCUGGAUAUUGCUUUUUCAUCUGGUGGUGCUGCAUCGCAAGAAAAACAAUGCUCACGAAAGAGGGGAUGCAGUGAUUCUUGCAGCAAGCCAGUGACCAAAGCUUGCCGUGAGAAGUUGAGGAGGGAGAAGUUAAAUGACAGGUUCCAGGAUCUGAGCUCUGUUUUGGAGCCUGGGAGACCUGCUAGAACUGACAAAGCUGCAAUACUUGAUGAUGCUAUUAGAAUUCUAACUCGAUUGAAAACUGAAGCUCAGGAGCUCAAAGAAACUAAUGAAAAGCUACUGGAAGAAAUAAAAAGUCUAAAGGCUGAGAAGAAUGAGCUUCGUGAAGAGAAACUCACACUGAAGGCACAUAAAGAAAGGAUGGAGCAACAAUUGAAGGUUAUGGCUGUUCCAUCUUCUGGAUUCAUGCCAGCGCAUCCAGCAGCCUAUCAUGCUGGAGUGAACAAGAUGGCUGUUUUUCCGAGCUAUGGUCUGAUGCCAAUGUGGCAAUUACCUCUAGCUGCUCGUGAUACAUCCCUUGACCAUGAGCACUGGCCCCCUGCUGCAUGAUUUCUUUAAUUCUUUUUUUUUUCUUCUCUCUCUCUCUCUCUCUCUCUCUCUCUUCUCUUUUCCAGUUAUUAAUGUCAAAAAUUAGAUGUUUUGUUCUAGAUUUGUCUUACAAUUUUUGUCAAGUUCAAUUGUAAAUAUAACUCUUUUUUUCCGCCAACUGAUUUUGACAUUUAACUAGCGGCUAAUGCAUUUUUGGGAAUUGACAAGAAAUGUGGUUAGACGGCAGUUUUUUUCUGAAAUGAUUCAUUUAAUAUCUGCUGUUGA